UGCCCUGCGCGCCUCGCUCUUCGUCGCCGAGGUUGCUGAGGCGACAAAAAUGGAGCGGAUGCGGGUGGUCCUCGGGCAUGUGGCCGGCUCCGGACAGCGGCGGGCCUUGGCGCCUUCUCCUUUCCGGAGCUGGCUGUCCGGCCCGGACGACGUGGUGGUGGUGCACGGGCGGCGGACCCCCAUUGCCAGGAGCAACCGGGGCGGCUUCAAGGAAACUACACCUGACGAGCUUCUGGCUGCGGUCAUGACUGCUGUCCUGAGCGACUUAAAGCUAAGCCCCGAGAGGCUGGGCGAUAUCUGCGUGGGGAACGUACUUCAACCUGGCGCUGGAGCCCUGAUGGCGAGAGUUGGGCAGUUUCUAAGGUGAACUUUGCGGUUGGGCCGUCUACAAGUGAGGCAGUGGGCACCGUCGUCAUGGCCGAGACGGAAGAGGGAUCUGGCUUGGUUAAUACUGACAAGCUAGGACAGAGGCCACAUGAAUGGGCCACAUCUGACAUCGGGCACUUGCGCUGCUAUUUUGUGUUUGCUGUUUGCACUGCAUAUGACUGAUGCAACUGGGAUUAUUCUGUAGAAAGAGGAGCUGUUAGUUGUUGUUUAGUUGUUAAGUCGUGUCC